UCAUGAUUUGUGGGGCUUGACUCACAAUUUUUAAAUGUUUGAGGUUGAUGAUAAUACGCAGCCUUAUCCUGCGUGUAAGACCAUUUGCAGAAACAAUGACCUGUGCACCGUGGUCUGAUCGGUUACUUAACAUUUGCUCAGUGGUUUGAGCAUUGGCCUGCAAAACCCAGGGUUGUGAGUUCAAUCCUUGAGGGGGCCAUUUAGGGAUCUGGGGCAAAAACUGGGGAUUGGUCCUGCUUUGAGCAGGGGGUUGGACUAGAUGACGACCUGAGGUCCCUUUCAACCCUGAUAUUCUAUGAUUUGUACAGCACUUGUGUUUCAACAUUAACCAGUGACUAUCUCUGUGUCUGUUCUGUUACCCAUACGGUGUAGCUCCAGCAGAGGGAGCUCUGUGCAUCCAUUGCAAGCCCUAAAAUCUCUUUAAAGGAGCAGCCUCCGUUCCAAGGGCAAUGAGGAUUUCUGGGGACUUGGGGAGUGGAUUAACAUAUCGAAAAGCAGCUCUUAAGAGUCCUGGGGACACGUCCUCCUUUCCUUUCCAAUACGGAUGUAAGUUAAGGGCUCACCUGACGGGUCUCAUUCAGCUGGAGAGAGAGACGGGUAUUUUUAAAGCAUCUCUCGAUGUAGGGGGAUUUUGUCAUGGGUUUCAGUGAGACACUUAGUAUGUAAUGCUUUUGUAUUUUCCCCUCCUUUAUUUAAACAGAGCUUGCACUGGGGAAGGCCAUUAUAGAAAGGGGAUCCAAAGUUUUUGAGGUAAGGAGGAUAAUAUGUUUAGAUGUUUCCAGUAUAGCUGCAGCAGAAUCUUCCUCUUGAACUCUGCAUGGACAGAAGAGGUGCUGCUAGCUCAGGCUGCAUUACACCUAAGGGGAGAUCAGUGCAGCUGUAAACCUACAGGCUGAUCGCUGCACCAAGAUGCACAAUAAAAUCCAUUGAUAAGGGGGAGCUGGAGGCGUGGAACAGCGUCUCUUCCUCCCCACGUGCUGCGUCUCCAUGGCAGCCGCCGACACAAGGUUCCAUUGGGAGAAUGUAGCAAUUUUCACUUUGAACCAAUCAAAGCCCAGCGGGAUGAUUCAGCAGCCAAUGAGGAGAGAGCCGGAGUGGGGCAAGAGGUGGAAGGUGCAAAGAUCUACGCGUGAGCCUGGCGGUACCUGGUCGAGCCUGGCCCGGAGCCCAGGAGGCUGGUUCGGUUCGGUCUGGUACAGUCCGUGAAGUAUCAGCUGUCGGUGAGUCUGACUAACUCGAGACUGAUCCAGCGCCUGAAGUUCGGUCAUGUGGGGGAGAGAUGCGCUGCUCGGUCCAAGAUGAGGUGCCAGAACAAAUCGGCCCGGCCCAGAAGUUAUUGAAUCUUUGAAGGGCUUCCCCAAGGACGGACUACCGGUUCCGAGCCGAACCGGGCCAUAUAACGUUAUUUGGAGAAAGAAGGUGAGGCCCAAUUCAAACACUGCUGACAACAAAUAACUUUCUCCAGGAAAAGGGGAGACCAGAACCCAGCAGAGCCAGGCCAGUGCAUCAAGCGAAGGAGAGAUCAGAAGCAGAGGGCCAGGAGGAGGAGACUCCAGAAGCCAUUAGAAACAGGUCAAAAUACAGAAAGGAAAAAGCAACUGGAAUCCGCCAGGAACUGGUCACGCUACCAAGGGAAGAAGGCACCAGAACUCAGCCAAACCAAGUUCAGGGGUCAAGGAAAGGAGAGAGCAGAACCCAGCCACCUUAUCAAGGAGCUGUGUAAUUAGAAUCCACCACAGACCCGGGUCUGCUUAUUAGAGGAAGGGGAAAACAUGGCUCGAGAACCGGGUCACAUUAGCAGAUGAGAACAAAAUGGACUGAAUGGCAGAAGACAGCAACAGUUGACAGGGUUGAUUGUUGUGGAGAAAGUAAGGCCAGGUCAACUUGCUUUGAGAGACUGGAUUCAGCCGAGGAGUGAGUGAGGCUAGUGAGUGAGUGAGGCUGAGCCAAGGCCAGAGGGGGCUCGUUCCAAAGCCUGGUUGGGGUUUCUAUGUGUAACCACGUCUGGUUUGUGUGAGGAGCCAGGAAGCAGAAGGAGAGAUCACGUCGGACAAUGCCAGAGAUGACCCAGCCCAGCGAUGUGCUAACACCUCCUCCCACUGCCAGCACUUCCAUGGAGGCCAAUGUAGUGGCCAUCAUCAUAGCUGCAACUGUUUCUUCAUCUGUGUUCAUAGUGGCGAUAUUGGUGCUGCUCCUGCUCUUGUACCACCGGGACCCCCUGUGCUGCCAGUUCCUCUGCUCCUGCCGUUUCUUUCAGAGUCCCAGCCACUAUGAUUGUCCUCCUCCAUACUUCAGCAGUAACCAGCGGCUGGUGGGACCCCAAUCAGGAGCACAGCAAUUGGAGAGCUCUGCCGAGAAUCCUGGGGUGCAGGGAGAUGAACUAUUCUGCGUUGGGCCCCCCAGCAGCUAUCAGCUCCCUCCAUGGGAGCAGCUGCGCUUGCCAAGCUACGAGAGCGUGCGGAAGAAGGAUCGGCAGCGGGAGAUCCAUCAGCUGAUUGCCGAGAGGUUUGGACUGUGGGUGGACCCCUCCCAGGAGCUGCCACCUCCCUAUGAGCAAGCCCUAAGGCAUCCUCCAGCCCUCCCAGGAACUGGAGCAGUGUCAGAGUUACCAGAUGGACACAGAUUGCUGGACACAUUCCAGGCUUCCAUCAGCUACCAAACUCAAAGGAACACAGCUGUGUAGAACGGGAAUCAACCCUGGAACACCUCUCCUUCCUUCUGUGGCAAGGACAGCAGGGCCUGUGAUGUCUCUCCCUUCCGGCGGGGCAGAGUGGAACUUCAUGCCUUCAUUCAGUCACACAAGCAGCUGAGAACCACUUGUGCAAAUCACAGGCAAAGCAGUGGACAUUUUCCAUCAACUCACUCCCCUACAAGAACGAAGGUGGAGUGAAUACCAGGAUCGAUUUAGCAGCCAUCUCUCUCCCAGAAACAGUGAACUAAAACCUGAGGGGAUUUCUGCUCCACCAUUUUCACUCUAGUAACCUUAUCUUAACCAAAGACCAAAAUAAUCCUCAGCCAUUUCUGUUGUAUUUGAGGGGGCAGAGCAAAGGUGAUGGUCCACUCAGCCAAGGACUGUCUCUGGAGGAAAGGCAGGGAGCUGUUUCACUGUAACAUACACCUCUGUGAGGCUGCAGCAGCUACUGUCUCACACUCAAUUAAAUCUCAGAAGCUAGGCCUCUCGUCCUCAAAUGCUUUAUCUUAUCUACUUCUUAUGUUAAAACAUUUACCUUAUGAGGUACCAGCGGGAAUCCUGACCUGCAAGUGACAGAAUUAAUAUAUUUGUACUAGAGCUGCUAUCAGCAAAUCAUAGCUCCAUGCUCCACAUUCCUCGGGGAUUUAAAACGCUACGUGGCGGAAGGCUUGUCAGUUCCGACAAGAUAAAGGUUCACCAAGGGCUAGGACUCGUGGAGCAACUUGCUGUACAAUCCCAAAAUGCUGUAAACAAAGGCAGAGAACAGCUGCAUUUCAGAACAGCAUGAGCUGUUUGCCACAACGGGCAGCUGGGAAAGAGUUAAUGUAACCACAGGGGACUUCACCCUGAAAGGUGCCAGGGUAGAACCAUGCUGAUGACAACCUAAAUUACUCAGUUCCCCUUCAUAAACAAAUGGCUAUUUGAAUUCUGGAAAUCGGAUCAUCUAAUUUCCCUAGUGCUGAUGUAAUUGCAACUCUCAGAUGUUCAAUUACUUUUUUGUAUUUCAGGACAAACUUUUAAAAUGUUGUUUACAAUGUUGUAGAUAAAACACGGCCAGUCAGAUCACAAGAUGUCUGCUGUGUGACCAAGUGCUGCAGCCUGACAAGACUGAAGUUUUGUUGUUUGAAUUACAUUUCUUUCACCCUUCAGCUGAUGAGUAUGAUGCUCUCACAGACUUCUUCACCCAGUUGGGAGUUACACGCUUUUUUUGUGGGGGGUGGUUCCAAGAAAGGAAAGGAAAAUUCUCUUCUGCAGUAUGUGGAACCUAAACACAACAGUAUAGUGCCAGUGCCUGAGAACCAGGAAGUGAAAAUAACUAGGGACAAAAAUAAAACCAACCAGUUUAGUUUACGUCCAAGGUAAGUGAAAGUGCAAAAUAUAAUUAGCAUGAAGGACUCCCUAAAAAAAAUGAUUUGACGUUUACUAA